AUGGAUUGGUUUAGUGACCUCUACCCACAGGAAGGUUUAGAUUUGUUACUAAAUUUGAUAUUGGUUGAUUCAGACUAUAGCUAUUGUUACAAAGCAUUAAUAAUGUUCUUGGUAAUUGCAGCGAUUUCUACCUCUGUACUAUCUAAUGAGUCUUCUUGUAUUCCAUUCUUGAACGGUGAUAAUUUUUUGAACUGGAAGGACCAAAUCCUUCUAACAUUAGGGUGCAUGAACCUCGAUCUGGCACUUCGUGUGAACGAACCUCUUGAACCCACGGACGAGAGUUCCGUUGCAGAAAAGAGUUCUUAUGAUGAAUGGGAGCGAUCUAAUCGCUUAAGCCUAAUGCUCAUAAAGUCACAUAUCAACCAGAGCAUUAGGGGCCCAAUCCCAUUAUCUGAUAAGGUCAAGACUACAUGA